AUGUUCAUUUCCACGGAACAACUGCAGUCUAUCCUUAAACGGCAACAAGCUCAGUUUGAGGAGGCUCACAUGAAGAUGAUGGAGUCCAUGAUGCAAAAAUUCAGUUUGCAUUUUUCUGGUCCAGAUUCUUCCACAAAACAGUCCACAUCAGCGGACGCCACUGCUGCUUCCAUCACAGAGUUCAUUUAUGUGCCGCUGCAACCCGAUGAAAAUCGAGAAAUUGGUCGCAACGUGCUCCUAGAAAUUCCUGCCCGUAAACUCAAAAAUGGGGAAUAUUUCCAUGUUCCCGUACGAGUUAAGCAGCUUGCAGACAUUGCAGAGUUCACUUUGCGAUGUGAAGCUCCGGCCAACACGUAUAUAGAAUUCCUUCGUGUAGUUUGGCCGUGGGAGUCCGAAGAAAGCUCACUGGGACCCGACGCCAGGGAGGCUGAUUUUAGACAGUUUCAGCUAAACAGUGCAUUUGGUGCUUGGGACAUAUCUCAACGACAUCUUCCAAAGCUGAAGGGCAGUGUCAUCGAAGUAGUGGCCCGCUACCGAGAAGGCGCAAAUGCUGUCAAUAUGCAUGAAAACUACCGGUAA